AUGAGUGCUGUGGGCUUGAUACUCCUGGGGCUCGCUCUGAAAUUCAGGGCCACCACCGCCAAGCCAGAGGAGGGCAGUUUUUGCUCUAAGAGCCAGGUGUCCUUCAGAGAUGCCUGCUAUGAAUUUGUGCCACUCGGACGCACCUUCCGCGGUGCCCAGAGCUGGUGUGAGGGGCAAGGAGGCCAUCUGGUCUUCAUUCGUGAUGAGGACACCCAGCGGUUUCUGCAGAAACACAUCUCCCAGGACCAGGAGUGGUGGAUCGGUGUCAUAGGGACCUCGGCACAUGACGGAGCCACAGAAGGGCCGGGGACCUGGCUGGACACCUCGAAUGUGAGCUACAGCCACUGGCACAGAGGGCAGGCCGCUUCCGGCUUCGACACCUGUGGUCACAUCGGGAGAGGCCCUUUCUCCAAGUGGGCAUUCUCAGACUGCACGCGGACCUUUGCCUUUGUGUGCGAGUUUGAGGUCGGCCAGAGCCUGGCCUGUGAAGGCCUCAACGCCACCAUGCACUGCGGCUCUGGGGAGGUCAUUGAGAUCCAGGAAGCCUUCUACGGGCGCCAGACACCCCAUUAUUGCACCCAGGAUGCCGGGCACCCCUCAGACCUGGAGAAGGACUGCAGCUGGGUCAAUGUCAAGGACGAGGUGGCAGGUAAGUGCCAGGGGCUGCAGGCAUGCCAGGUGGCGGCAGACAGGACCUACUUUGGAGACCUGUGCCCGACGCGGGGCAGCUACCUGUGGGUGCAGCACCAGUGCCGGGAAGGUCUGCAGCUGACAGUGUCCAGUGACAGUUGCACUUCUGACAAUGUCACCAUCUCCCUGACGUGGCUCCUCCUUCCCUACAUAGGAAACCUGUCCUGUAUAAUUAGUAUGGGAGAUGGCCACACUUUUGAUCCCUACUACCCCCCCAGUGUGUCCAGCAGCGUUACCUACCCGUUCCUGUCUCCUGGAGAGUACACCGUGUUUGCAGAGUGCACCACCAGUGAGUGGCACGUGACAGCUCAGAAGCACGUGACUGUGCGAGUCAAGAUGGAGACACUCAGUGUGACAGGGUGCUCCGGUCUGUCGGAGUCAGGAGCCAGUGCCCUCUGCCAGGCCGUCUUCGGGGACCCCCUGUGGAUUCAGGUGGAGCUCCAUGGAGGAUCAGAGGUGACUUAUACUGUGCUUUCGGGUAACUUAACCCUGGCUGAGUCCACCACCCAGACGGGCUUGCUGCCGUACAAUCUGACUCUGGACGGAGAAUCUCAGGAACGAAUGGGCCCUGGGUUGCACCAUCUGGAGAUCCGAGCCGCCAGCAACACCACCACUUCUGCUCUCUCCAGAAACAUCACGGUUCACUUUGUGGAGCUGCUGUCAGGGCUGCAGGCCUCCUGGGCUUCCGACCAUUUGGAGCUUGGACAGGACCUGUUGAUCAAUGUCUCGGUGGCUCAGGGCACCCUGGAGGAGGUGACCUUCAAGGUGGCAGGACUCAAUGCAACAUUCUCCCAUGAGGAAGUGAGCUUUGGAGAGCCAUUUGGGAUUUACCACGUGGCAGUUCCAGUUGAAGGUACCUUCCUGGUCACUGUACUGGUGAGGAACACCUUCUCAAACUUGAGUUUGGACAUCGGGACCAUCACGAUCACAGCCCCUUCCAGUCUCCAAGAACUGUCUGGAACAAAUGCUGAAGAUAAGAAUAAAGGUGACAGUACUAUGGAGGUGUAUAUUAAACCUGGUCGAUAUGUGGAUCCUUUCAUGACAGUGACUCUGGGCUGGCCAGACAGUGACGAGGAUUUGCGCUUCCAGUGGUCAUGUGGCCGUUGCUGGGCUCAGUGGAGCGACUGUGUUCAGAGGCGGCUACUCCACCCAGACCAGAGGGAGCUGGUGGUCCCACCGUCCUGUCUGCCGCCACCCAACUCUGCUGUCACCCUGCGCCUGGCUGUCCUGAGAGGCCAGGAGCUGGAGAGCGGGACGGAGCAGUGUCUCUAUGUGUCUGCAUCCCUGGAACUCAGGCCGCUAAUCAGCUGUGAGAGGAACUGUGGGCCCGUGAAUGCCAGUGAAGACAUUCUGCUCAGGGUCACUGUGGGAGAUGACUCCACGGAGGCCACAUUCAGCUGGUAUUUAGACAGCACCCCUUGGGAGAAGGCGGAGCCCCUCCCAGACGCCUGCAGACUCAGAGGAUUUUGGCCACGUUCCCUAAUCCCCCUGCAGAGCAGCACCUCCACGUUGCAGCUGAAUAGCUCCUUACUGCAGACCUGGGGAGAUGUCAUCCGGAUCAGAGCCACAGCACUGACCGGGCGCUCCUAUGGGGAGGACACCUAUGUGAUCAGCACCCUGCCUGCCCCCAAGGCACCCACCUGCACCAUUGCCCCAGCGGAGGGCACGGUUCUGACAAGCUUCGCCAUCUUCUGUAGCACUUUUGUGGCCUCAGGACCCCUGGAAUACUGCUUCUGUCUGGAAUCAGGUUCCUGCCUACACUGUGGCCCUGAACCUGUCCUCCCAUCAAUAUAUCUGCCUCUUGGGAAAGAAAACAAUGACUUUGUGCUGACAGUGGUCAUUUCUGUCACCAAUCACGCCGGGGACAGACAGCAGACCCACACAGCGGUCAAGGUGGGACUCGGAGACGCGCGUAUUGAGGACGCGGCCUUCCAGGCUGCUGUGUCGGAGACAAUCCCCACUGCUCUGCAGGACGAGCACGGCCCCGAGCGGCUCUUCCAGCUGGCCAAGGCUGUGUCCUCCGUGCUGAGCCAGGAGCACCAGGACCAGGGCUCAGGGCAGCCGCUGGGAGUGGACACCAGGCAGAAGGUCAGAGAGCAAGUGCUGGGGUCACUGUCUAUGGUCACGGCAAACCUGGAGGAUAUGCAGAGUGUGCAGGGGCUGGCUGAGGUGUUGAGAGAGGUGACCCACCAGAGUGAGGAGCUCACACCCUUGGCUCAGUGGGAAGCCAGUCGUGCUCUGCAGCAUGCUAGUGAGGCCUUGUUGACGGUGAGUUCCAAGGCCCAUCCUGAGGAUCAGAGGCGCCAGACAGCCACCAGAGACUUGUUUCAGGCAGUGGGCAGCGUGCUGGAAGCUUCCCUGAGCAACAGACUGGAAGAACCUGCAGAGGCCAAUGGCAGCCAGACUGCCCUGGUGCCCCAGCUACUCGGGGUCCUGGAACACGUACAGACAGCUCUCCUGCUGGGAAAGCUGCCCGGGGGCCAUCCAGCCAUGCUGGCCACACCUGCCAUCUCCAUCUAUACAAACAGAAUACAUCCCCGGAGCUGGCGAGGGUCCUCUGUGCACACUGCGGCCGCUGACUCUGCAACCUUCACUCUCCCUGCCGCCUCCCCCCUUGGCUCUUUGGAGGACGGCCAGGAGCCUGUGGACAUAAGGAUGACCAGUUUCCCAAGGAGCCCCUUCCCGGCCCGGAGUCACUUUGAUGUCAGCGGGACUGUUGGUGGCCUCUGCCUGACCAACCCUAGUGGACAGCUCAUUCCUGUGAAGAAUCUGUCGGAGAACAUCGAGAUCCUGCUGCCCCAGCUCUCCGGAGGUCCUGGGGAGCCCACGGAGUUGCGCCUGACCCGUACCGAAGCUUUGAGGGUGAACGUGACCUCGGGGAAGGCGGCUCUGGGGGUCCAGCUGCACUGGAGACCCGGGGUCCCGCUCACGCUCCGCCUGGGCUACGGUUACCACCCGAAUGAGACCAGCUACGACGCCCAAACUCACCUCCCGCCAACAGCAGCCCCAAUCUCACCGAGGCUGACCCGGACCCCCUUUUCUGCAGAGGACCUGUCCACCUGGAUACUGGGCCCCCAGGACCUGCGUUUUGGAGAGGGGAUCUACUAUCUGACUGUGGCCCCCGAGCCUGGCCUGGAGCCAGCCCCUGGCGGAGACCUCACAGUCGGCAUCACCACCUUCCUAUCCCACUGUGUGUUCUGGGACGAGGUCCAGGAGACCUGGGACAGCUCGGGGUGCCAGGUGGGACCACAGACCACCCCCCGGCAGAUGCACUGCCUCUGCAACCACCUCACCUUCUUUGGAAGCACGUUCCUGGUGAUGCCCAAUGCCAUUGACGUCCGCCAGACCGCCGAGCUCUUUGCCACCUUUGAGGACAACCCCGUGGUGGUGACCACUGUAGGCUGCCUCUGUGUGGUCUACGUGCUGGUGGUGAUCUGGGCAAGAAGGAAGGAUGUGCAGGACCAGGCCAAGGUGAAGGUCACAGUGCUGGAGGACAAUCAUCCCUUUGCCCAGUACCACUACCUGGUGACAGUCUACACGGGACACCGGAGAGGGGCAGCCACGUCCUCAAAGGUGACUGUCACCCUGUAUGGCCUGGAUGGAGACAGUGAACCCCACCUCCUGUCCGACCCCAACAGCCCGAUCUUUGCACGAGGAGGAGUGGAUGCCUUCCUGCUCUCCACCCUGUUUCCACUGGGGGAACUUUUGAGCCUCCGGCUGUGGCAUGACAACUCAGGGGACCGGCCAUCCUGGUAUGUUAGCCGGGUGCUGGUCCAUGACCUGGCGAUGGACCGGAAGUGGCAUUUCCUCUGCAACUCAUGGCUGUCCAUCCACAUGGGAGACUGCGUCCUGGACAAGGUAUUUCCAGUGGCCACAGAGCAGGACAGGAAACAGUUCAGCCACCUGUUUUUCAUGAAGACCUCUUCAGGCUUCCAGGAUGGGCACAUCUGGUAUUCUGUCUUCAGCCCCUCUGCACGGAGCAACUUCACUCGGGUCCAGAGGGUUUCCUGCUGCUUCUCUCUGCUGCUGUGCACCAUGCUCACCAGCAUCAUGUUCUGGGGUGUCCCCAAGGACCCGGCUGAGCAAAAGAUGGACUUGGGUAAGAUCGAGUUCACGUGGCAGGAAGUGAUGAUUGGCCUGGAGAGCUCCGUCGUCAUGUUCCCCAUCAAUCUGCUGAUCGUUCAGAUCUUCCGAAACACCCGUCCCCGGGUUACCAAGGAGCAGAACACUGGAGAGUGGGAUGGGAGCCCUCCCGACCUGAGGCCCUCACCACAGGUCGAGCAGGAUGGCCUUCUGACGGCCGAGGCGGUGACCAAGGAUGUGAGGACACUGGUCCGUUCACUGUUCAGAGCCCUGAAGGUGCCACCCCCUGCCUUGGACCGGGACCCGGUGACCCCGAUGGACAUCAAUACGCUCCUGGCCUUGGUGGAAGGUGUCGUCUGUCCACAGACCACGGCAAGGCGGGUGUGCUGGGAGGAAGCCAGGAAGAGAGAGGACCCUGCGCCGUGCCUGUACAGGUCUGCACAGGAGGAAGAGAAAAUGCAGUGCCCCAAGCCCGAGGUGGCCCAGAGUGGUCUCUGGAAGAACAGUGUCUACAGGCAGUGUCUCCACCUUCAGCUAGAGCACUUGGAGCGAGAGUUGCGGCUGGUGGGACCCCGAGGCUUCCCCCAGCGCCACAGCCAUGACCGAGCCCUCCGUCAGCUGCAGACCCUGAAGGCCUGCCUAUGGAGGCAGCCAGGCACCCCAGACCUCGCACACAGCAGCACCCUGCGGGUGAGCAGGCCCCUUCGCGGGCUGCCCUGGUGGUGCGUCCUGGUGGGCUGGCUGCUGGUGGCGGCCACCAGCGGUGUGGCGGCCUUCUUCACCAUGCUCUAUGGAUUGCACUACGGGCGGGCCAGCUCCUUCAGAUGGCUCAUCUCCAUGGCUGUCUCCUUGAUGGAGAGUGUGUUCGUCACCCAGCCCCUGAAGGUGCUAGGGUUCGCUGCUUUCUUUGCGCUGGUCUUGAAGAAAGUGGACGAUGAGGACACUGCAGCCCCCCUGCCAGGACAGCUGUCAGGCCCAGACCCCGAUGCCUUGUUCCGGGCACGAAGGAACAGCAGCAGGGAUGUCUACCAGCCGCCUCUCGCCUCUGCCAUCCAGAAGAUGAAGGCCACCCGCCUCAAGGAACAGAAAGCCUUUGCCCUCAUCAGAGAAAUCCUGGUGUACCUGGGCUCCCUGUGGAUGCUGCUGCUGGCGGCCUACGGGCAGAGGGACCCCAGCGCCUACCACCUCAACAGACACCUGGAGCACAGCUUCACCAGAGGGCUUCCAGCCGUGCUGGGCUUCCGAGAGUUCUUUGAGUGGGCCAACACAACUCUUGUCAACAACCUGUACGGUCAUCCCCCAGGCUUUAUCACCGAUGGGAACUCAAAGCUGGUUGGCAGUGCACAGAUUCGCCAAGUGAGGGUCCGGGAAAACUCUUGCCCUCUGGCCCACCAGCUGCAGGCCUCCUUUGACGGAUGCCGUGCACCCUAUUCCCUGGAUGUUGAAGACUUGGGAGACUAUGGGGAAGGUUGGAAUGCCUCCGCCCUCAAUCACAGCAAUGGCUUUCCCCGGGCUUGGCAGUACCAGAGCCAGAGCCAGCGUCGAGGGUAUCCCAUCUGGGGCAAACUCGCUGUGUACCGGGGAGGAGGCUACGUGGUCCCCUUGGGGACUGAUCGUCAAAGUGCGUCAAGAAUUUUCCAGUAUCUCUUUGACAACACCUGGCUGGAUGCCCUGACCAGAGCCGUGUUUGUGGAGUUCACAGUCUACAAUGCCAAUGUCAACCUGUUCUGCAUCGUCACGCUGACACUGGAGACCAGUGCCCUGGGCACCUUCUUCACGCACGCGGCCCUGCAGAGCCUCCGCCUGUACCCCUUCACCGACGGCUGGCACCCCUUCGUGGUGGCGGGGGAGCUCGUGUACUUCCUCUUGCUCCUCUACUACAUGGUGGAACAGGGCAAGCUCAUGAGGAAGCAGAAGUGGGGCUAUUUCCGCAGCAAGUGGAACCUUCUGGAGCUGGCCAUCAUUCUGGCGAGCUGGAGUGCCCUGGCGGUGUUUGUGAAGAGGGCCGUCCUGGCCACACGUGACAUCCAGCGUUGCCGGAACCACAGGGAGGAGGGAGUGAGUUUCAGCGAGACAGCGGCAGCCGACGCUGCCCUUGGCUACAUCAUCGCCUUCCUGGUACUCCUGUCCACCGUGAAGCUUUGGCAUCUGCUCAGGUUGAAUCCCAAAAUGAACAUGAUCACAUCAGCCCUGCGCCGUGCCUGGGGUGACAUUUCAGGCUUUAUCAUUGUCAUCCUUAUCAUGCUCUUGGCUUACUCCAUCGCGUCAAACUUAAUAUUUGGCUGGAAACUCCGUUCCUACAAAACCCUCAUUGAUGCGGCCGAAACGAUGAUCAGCCUUCAGCUGGGAGUCUUCAACUACGAGGAGGUCCUGGAUGAUAGCCCGGUGCUUGGCUCCUUCCUCAUUGGGUCCUGCAUUGUUUUCAUGACGUUUGUGGUGCUGAAUCUGUUUAUCUCCGUCAUCCUGGUGGCUUUCAGCGAGGAGCAAAAGUAUUAUCAGCUGUCAGAGGAAGGAGAGCUGGUGGAUUUGCUGCUGCUGAAAAUCCUCAGUUUCCUGGGCAUUAAGUGUAAAAGAGAGGGGCCUGGAAGCACCAGGAAGCAGCCGGAGUCACCGUCCAAGUCUCUGUCCCCUCAACCAGCACUGGCUUUACCCAGGAUCUAAGCUGUUGGUUCACACGCCACCACUCAUGAGUGGGGAAUCCCAGAGCCUCAGGCUCGCUUCCGUGAUCCCAUAGUCUUUCUAGGUCAUUGUCCUUGUGUCCAUAGGAGAGUAAGUCCAGCAAGUAAAAAAAAUUAGAAUAAUACAGAUGUAUGUAUAAUUGCCACUGCUAUGAGAGUCUGUUUGUCCACUUGUAUUUUCUCCUAGAAAUAAAACAAAUAUUAUAUGGAGUUUGG